AAUAUAAAGAUUUUUCUUGUCAUCUAGAAGUCAGAACUAUCAGAAAUUUAAGAGAGUCUUCUCUUAUCUCAGCAAAAAGUCACAGCUAUGAUAAGAACAAGUCGGCUCGUUUGAUAAUCACUUUUAAUCAAAUAAAAAUAUUUACUUUCCUAAAUAUUAAAUGUAUUCAGUUUAUGUUCACAGCUUUUAGUUAUCGAUAGAACGUCAAACCGUCGUCAUAUGAUUACUUGAUGAAAUAAAACGAUGACACUUUUAAUAUUGCUAUUAAUUAUAUCAGCGCUCAUUCUUGCAGUCAUUUCUAUUAUAUAUUUAUAUUUGAGCUGGAACUUCAAGUAUUGGCAAAAAAGAGGUAUAAAGGGUCCAAAACCGAUAUUGAUUGCUGGCACAUUCACAAAGUCAAGGCAAGGCAUUUGUAAUUUAAUCGAUGAGUUACAUGAAAUAUAUUUACAUUACAAAACUACCGAAAAAUUUGUUGGAUUAUUUUCCGGGCGCAGUCCAAAAUUAUUCAUAGUGGAACCAAAAUUAGCAGUACAAAUUUUAACACAACAUUUCAAACAUUUUCGAGAUAAUGAGUCUUCGAAAUGGACCUCGCCAAAAGUGGAGAAACUACGUUUAUGCAGUCCUUUUGUAACUACUGGUGACGCGUGGAAGGAACGCCGUGCAGAAUUUACACCACCUUUAUCUAUUAAUCGGUUGCGUGCAUUUUAUCCUACCAUGAGAGAGAGCGCUCAGAAGCUAGUAGAUUUUAUAAAAGACAGACCCAACGAAUUUUUGGACACCAAGGAGCUAUCUAAUCGCUAUACAACAGAAUUCAUAUCAAAUUUCAUUUGGGGUCUCGAGGCUAAUGCUUUUACCAGUGCAGAGCUUUCGCCCAUUCAUGAAAUGGCAAAUAAGAUGCUUCUCCAGUCACUAAAGUGUGUGGCUUACUACAUCCGGACUGCUACAUGGCCUUGGUUACGUUUGCUGAAGCCAGUACCCUUUUUCGCACCAGCGGCAGAUAGAUUCUUUAUGAAAUUAGCGGCAGAUGCUUCUGGGGCACGUUUGAAGUCAAGUACUGAGCGUUGUGAUGUGAUCAAUCAUUUGCUACAACUUAAAGAAAAAAAAACCCUGACUGAUGUACAAAUUGCAGGACAUACAACUACAGUCCUGAUAGAUGGUUUUGAGACUGUAGCAAAUGUUAUAUCACACUUUCUUUUAUUGUUGUCCAGAAAUGAUCGAGUGCAAGAGAAACUACGUCAAGAAUUAAUAAAUACCGCUGAGGAUAUUACCUUUGAUGAACUAAAUGAACUACCAUAUUUGGAUCAAUGCUUGCACGAAUCUCUCCGCAUCUUCCCAC